AUGACGUCGGUGCUGCAGAGGCGGCAGUUCUCCCUCAUGGCCGCCUUUUUCCAGACGCUCUUCCUUAUUCUGUUCUCCGUCUUUUGUAGAUAUACUGAUCCUCUUGAGGAGAGCCGACGCGUCUAUUCUGGAACUGAUUAUCCCUGUAAGUCUGUUUUCGAUCUUUUCAUGCUUCAUUCGUCAUUUUUCAAGACCUUAAGUCUAAACUUUAGGUCCAAUUUUAUCUUUGCGAAAAAAAAAUAAGCGUUGUGGAAAUAACCCUUUUAGGGAAAAGUCCUUGGUUUGAAAGUAAGUUUAUUGUAGUUAAUGCUCUACUCCUUUCGAGAAAAGUCAAGUCACAUAAGCUUUAUUAAAUAAAAAUUUAAAUUUUACACAUAAUAAUUGUGGCUUUUAAAACUAUUUCGUAGCUCACGCGAAAAACAAUCUUAAACAAAACUCUUUUUAAAAGAGUUUUGAAACUUUUUCUUACCCAUCCGAUAUUAUCUAGUAAAAAAAAAAUGGUUUAAAAAUCUUUUCCGAAUAAUCACAUGCAGUCAGGGUUCACUUAACAGAGUGUAAAUUCCGCAAAAAAGUUGUUUAUUCUCAAUAAAACUCUCGGUGGACAUGUAUACUGUACAGGUAUGUAAGUCAUUUUGUUUUCUUGCUAUCAAAAACGGUUGACCGAUUUUCAGUGUUCCAAGACGUUCACUUGAUGAUCUUCGUGGGUUUUGGGUUCCUGAUGGCGUUCUUGAAGGUUUGUGGAGGACUGAGAGAUGACGGAAAGCUGUUUGCUAGAGGUAUGGCUUCUCGGCGGUCUCGGUCAACCUGCUGCUCUCGGCGUUCGUCAUCCAGUACGCCAUCCUGCUCCGCGGGUUCCUCACCAAGCGCUUCCACGACACUGGAUACUUCACCAUCGGCAUUCCUGAGUAUGAAUAACCAAGAACCUUGUAACAAAUUCUUUGAAGAGUUUCAAAUCACGGAUUCAUUUCAUUUCCUGAAUACUAAAUCAGUUUGUGCGCAGAAAAGCUUCAGAACGGCUUUCAUCGGUUGUCAAAAUAACUUUCCUAGCAGUUCCUACUAGGAUCGAAGCUAGCAAAACUUUUUCCAUCUAAAAACCCAAUAAAAGCACUUUUGGCGUUUUCUGCUUUUUUUUUCGGCAAGCAUUUUCUUGGUAACUCAGCAAUUUAUCUUUUUUUUUCUCGAUCACUGUACCAUGAGGCUACUUAACACAAACGCUUGGUCGAGAGUUGCGUUGUAAAAAUUAGAAAUUUAACUAGCUAGGCGAAAGUUUAGAAAGGAAGCUGCAACUUUUUACACCCUUUCAAAGGUAUAAACGCACACAUCCUCAAAAAUCAAGCGGAAAACUUUGAAUUUUCAGAAUGGUAGCUGCCGACAGCUCGUGCGCAGUCGUCCUGAUAACGAUGGGAGUGCUUCUGGGCAGACUGACGCCUUCUCAAUUCCUUUUGCUCAGCUUCUUCGAGACAAGUCUUGCCGUUUGCGUCGAGCACGUCGUCUUCAACAUUCUUCACGUUUUUUCAACUAUUAUUGAAAAAAACAGGCUAAUUUUUUUCAAAAGAUAAUUUUUAUGGUCUUUUUCAAGGUUUCAAAGAUUGCAAAGUCAUUCUGUUGGUUUCAAUAACGAAAAAUUAGCAGUCUGUAGAUUUUUCUAUAAUAAUUAUCAUUAGUGCUAAAGAAUUGCGAAAAAGUCUUCUUUCAUUUAUCUUGUUUAUAAAUUAACAAGUCAUUUCCCUGGUUUCACUUUUAUCUGGGAUCAACAAUUUAGGAUUUACAAAAAAAUAGGCAUUUUGUUAAUUUUUAAAGCUUGGCUGUUUGAGAUUUGAGAACUAGUUAGAGAUUUUCUGGUCACUGAAACAAUACUUUGAAAGUUUCCAACCAGGUUAAUCAGCCACAGUUCAGAGUGUUUCAAAAAUAUCACGGUUUUAUGAAAAUUUAUGAGUUUGGAUCGGAAUCUCUCUGAUAUCUUUUUUGAAAUGGUGGUUGGCAGGUGAACGACAGCGGACGCUCUUUGUGUGUCCACACCUUCGGAGCCUACUUCGGACUCGCGGCGGCGGUGGUUGGGACCAAGAAGAACGUGAUGGAAAUGGACGAGCAGGGCGGAAUCCACCACUCGGACCUCUUCUCCAUGAUCGGUCCCACCUUCUUCCUUUUCUUCCAACGUGUGUCAUGUUUCCAGGAACCCUUCUUCUUUGGGUAUUUUUCCCCUCAUUCAAUGCGUCUGUACAAGAGCCAGGUGAGGUUGAGACUAUGGUAAAUCGUCAAGGUGUCGAUUUUCAGAAGACGCACGUCAUCGAGCCAUCAUGAAUACCUAUCUGGCUAUGGCAUCGGCAACAGUCACCACUUUUUUGUUCUCUUCUAUGGUCGACAAACUCGCCCGUUUCAACAUGAUCCACAUCCAGAGUUCGACGCUUUCGGGCGGCGUGGCUAUCGGUAGAAAUGGGGGACAAAAAAAAAAGCCAGAAAACGAAUGAAGUAGAUACUGAGUUAUUGAAAAGAGAGAAAGAUAGUAAAAAAGAUCUGACUCUGGUUGGCUCAGGAAAGAAACCCGAAAAGGGACUUCUCUAAUAUCCUAUUUCAAUUUUUAAGUGGCAGUUAGAUGAAGAUGAGAUGUUAAUUCAAACACAAACAUAUCUUCAAUUCUUCAAAAAAAUAUAUUUUCUCCCUGUGAUCUCCCACUUGAACUUUUCAUCAUAACCUGAAAAAUAACUUCCACAGGUUGUGCGGCCAACGUGAUUCUGUUGCCGUUCCACGCGGUUUCCGUUGGGGUCAUCGCUUCGAUUUUCUCAGUGUUUGGACACGCUUGGCUUAGUGUAAACCCAAACUUUUGAUCAUUUCAAGAAAACUUCGUUUCAGCCAAAAAUGGAACGUCGUUUCCAUAUUUUCGACACAUGUGGCGUACACAAUCUGCACGGCUUGCCGGGCAUCUUGUCUGGGAUCAUUGGCAUAUUUUUCGCUUGGUUUUAUGACGCUGAAAGUUAUGGAAAAACGUUGGGACUUUUUUUGAAGUCCCUAGAAAAAAAACGGUUUCAGGCUUUACCACAUUUAUCCAUACUGGAAAGGAGGACCGAUGAACGGCGACCGCGAAAAUCAAUCCCAAGCUCUUUAUCAACUUGCCGGACUGACAAUUGUCCUCAGUUGCUCGAUUUGCGGCGGACUUUUGACCGGUAAAAAUGUCUUUUUGAUCGUUGACUCACAUAAGUUUCCGAUACUAAGAUUGACCGAAAAAAAUUCACUAAAAAAGUUCAAAUUACUUCGGUUUGAAGGUUCGAGUUUCAAAUGGUCGAGUUCAGCUAAAGGCUUUAGCCUAAAGCUUCUUCUAGAAUGUUUUCUUUUUCCAAAAUUUUUUUUUGCUGUUUUUGUCACUCAACGACCUCUCAAGGGAAGAGACAUUUUCCACAAACCUUUCACUGAAUUUACGGCUUUACAGGACUAAUACUCCGGAUAAAAAUGUGGAAUCAAGUCGACGAUCCAAAUUUGCCCCACGGCGAAACUAAUUAUUACGCCCACGCAGAUGUCAGCUAUUUGAGCAAGGUUUGUCUAAAAUUUCUCUUUUUAUAUAUGUUUUGCUCUCUUCCUCCUACUGCUAAAAAAAAAAAGAGAAAAUGAGAAAAAUUCCUAAAAUCUUAUCAAACGCGAGUGUCAAAUUUCCGUCCUGCGGAUAUUACCUGUCUCUUUUGCUAGAAAAAAAAGAAUGUAAAUUCGCAGUUCGGUUCCCCCUCAUUAUCUCUGUAUAACAAAGCAAAAAUAGAGAAAAACAUCCGCCCUUCUCUAAUGUGAGAGCUGAAAUAGAGAUAAUAACAUGGAAAAGGCGAAAUUUUUGCCAAGGUUCGACCUUUUCAUCCUCGAUUCUUUUUUCAGUACAGACAUGCGCAGGAGGAGCAGCAACUGCGCGAACGAGAAAGGCUCCACGAGAUUUACUAA